UUUUUACAAACAGCAACACUAGUAGUGGUGACGUUUUCGAGAGUGCGCAGGCAAAGGGAACAUUCAACGAAAUAAAAUAGGAAUAUUUAGAUAAACGUACCGUAAUUAAUAAAGUAUUCAUAGUAAAUAUGAUUAUGUAGUUUUCUACUUGAAGAUUACGACAAAUAACUGUAUUAGCACAGUAUUUCAGCAACGGAAGUCGUGUAAUAACAUCACGUCAUGUCGUUGUAUGUGGUUUGCGCAUUGCUGCUUUUGACGCCUAUUCGUGCGUUUUAUUUGCCGGGUUUAGCCCCUGUGAACUAUUGUAUAGCCAGUGAUGAUACUAGCAAGUCGUGCAAGACUGAAAUUCCGCUGUAUGUAAAUAGAUUGAACACAGAAGAAUCAGUGAUUCCAUUUGAAUACCACCACUUUGACUUUUGUACUUCUGAUGAGAGCCAAUCACCUGUGGAGAACCUCGGGCAAGUGGUGUUCGGGGAGCGAAUACGGCCGAGUCCAUACAAACUUGAAUUCCUCAAGAAUGUGGAGUGUAAGCCUGUGUGCACAAAGACGUACAGGGGCUCAGACACAGAUUCUAUCAAACGGUUGAACCUGCUGAAGAUGGGUAUGGCACUCUCUUACCAGCACCAUUGGAUCUUAGACAACAUGCCUGUGACUUGGUGCUACUUGGUUAACGAGGGCGGGAAGACUUACUGCAGCACUGGGUUCCCCAUGGGCUGCCAAGUGCGCAAAGAUAUGGAUACAUGCACACCGAUCGUGAACGGUCACUCGAGUCGUAUUGGCGCUUACUACCUCUUCAACCACGUUGAUAUAGAGAUUACGUACCAUAGCGGCGGCGAAGAGGAAUGGGGCGUCGCGUUCGGUGAAAACGGCGGACGCAUUAUCUCUGCUAAGAUCAAACCAGCCAGCAUUCGACACACAAACCCGAAGAACCCUGAGUGCGGAGCCCGCGCGGCCGAGCUUCAGAUCCCGACUGAACUCGAUUCCGACAAGACCUUCAACGUUACUUACACGUACAGCGUUACCUUUAAAAAAAAUAACACCAUCAAGUGGUCUUCUCGAUGGGACUACAUUCUAGAGUCUAUGCCGCAAACGAAUAUACAAUGGUUCUCUAUUCUAAACUCUUUGGUGAUCGUCCUGUUUCUCAGUGGUAUGGUAGCCAUGAUCUUGCUCAGGACUUUGUACAAAGAUAUUGCAAGAUACAACCAGAUGGAGUGUGGAGAAGAUGCACAGGAAGAGUUUGGUUGGAAGUUGGUACACGGUGACGUAUUUCGUCCGCCUCGCCGCGGUAUGCUGCUGGCUGUGUUCCUUGGAUCUGGAUCUCAGGUAUUCGGCAUGACCCUGGUAACACUAGCGUUUGCGUGCCUCGGGUUCCUGUCUCCCGCCAACCGCGGCGCGUUGAUGACGUGUGCUCUGGUCGCGUGGGUGCUGCUCGGAGCGGCUGCUGGCUAUGUCAGCGCGAGGAUCUACAAGAGUUUCGGAGGAAGAAGGUGGAAGAGCAAUAUUCUGUUGACUUCUAUGGUGUGUCCCGGUGUGGUGUUCUCUCUGUUCUUCAUAAUGAACCUGGUGCUGUGGGGCAAGGGUUCAUCCGCGUCGGUUCCGUUCUCGACUCUGGUGGCUUUACUCGCUCUGUGGUUCGGAGUCUCCGUGCCGCUCACCUUUAUCGGCGCUUACUUCGGAUUUAGGAAGAGGAUCUUGGACCACCCAGUUCGCACGAACCAGAUCCCGCGGCAGAUUCCAGAACAGUCCCUGUACACCCAGCCGGUGCCCGGAAUCGUAAUGGGCGGCGUGUUGCCUUUCGGAUGCAUCUUCAUUCAACUGUUCUUCAUAUUGAACUCGCUUUGGUCCAGUCAGAUGUACUACAUGUUCGGCUUCCUGUUUCUGGUGUUCGUGAUCCUGGUGAUCACAUGCUCGGAGACCACCAUUCUACUGUGCUACUUCCACCUUUGCGCUGAAGACUAUCACUGGUGGUGGCGAGCCUUCCUCAGCUCGGGCAGCACGGCUGGGUAUCUGUUCGUCUACUGCUGCCAUUACUUCGUCACCAAACUCAACAUCGAAGACGCCGCCUCCACGUUCCUCUACUUCGGCUACACCCUCAUCAUGGUCUUCUUGUUCUUCCUCCUCACCGGUACCAUAGGGUUCAUGGCAUGCUUCUGGUUCGUCAGGAAAAUCUACAGCGUCGUCAAAGUAGACUAGACGCGUCCUAGGUUAAGCAUCGAGUGUCGUACAGCGGUAUUGACGAGUCCGUCGUGGGCGUUGUUAUGUAAAAUUAAGCCAGUUGUUACACCAAUGCGUUGUUUUUCUGAAAAAUACGCUAAUUUGUUGCGUGAGAAACUUCCGCCUAGUCCAUUUGUUUACUGAAAUGUCUCGUCGAGUUAUAAAGUGGUCUAUAGGUGACGAAGAGACUUAGUGGGAGUUUUAACAGUUAUUAUCGAAUCACAGACAUGACUUGUAUUGCAAUGGAUGUCGAGAUGCAACACAUCAGCUGCGCAGGCGUCGCCGGUCCUAUGUUGCGCGUGUGUCAGUGACGAGUGAGACUGCUGUACACAAUGUGAUUAAUUGUAUAAAAGUUUAUAACGCUAAUAAAUUGAUAGUCUCCUGUGCGUCUUUUAA